CCGUGACGCGACGCUCUCUUCCCUCCCGCCCUCUCCGUCCGCCUUAAGUCGCAUCCAUCCCGGAGGGGUCAGGGCCGCCCCGAGCUGCGUGUGGCCAGAGGACGCGUCCCUCUCCUUUGCCACCAUGGAGUGAGGAGGGCUGCGCGGGAGUGGGCGAGCGGAACGAGAGGCCCCUUCAAAGAUGGUUCGGCUGCCAUUGAGACCUGGAGCUCUAAUGCCACAAUGAGGACUUACACACGGGGGGCUCCCAGUGUGUUUUUCAUACAUAUGGUUUGCUUUGCACUAGUCUACACCACAGACGAAAUCCUGAGCACAGUGGUUCCCUUUGUCAAUGCCAACUACGAUAGCUACCCAAUGCUCUACUUUUCCAGAGAGGAUAUUCCGGAUUUGCAGACUAAGGCCACCACUACACACCAGCACAUUGCAGUGCGGUUAGUCGAAGCUGUGCAGAUCAUGCUAUCAAACCCAUUGGAAUACCUUCCUCCUUGGGACCCCAAGGACUUCAGCGCUCGAUGGAAUGAAAUUUAUGGCAACAACUUGGGCGCCCUGGCAAUGUUUUGUCUACUUUAUCCAGAGAACAUUGAAGCCAUUGACAUGGCCAAAGAUUACAUGGAAAGAAUGGCAGCUCAGCCUAGUUGGUUAGUAAAAGAUGCACCCUGGGAUGAGGUCCCUCUUGCUCAUUCUUUGGUUGGAUUUGCCACUGCUUAUGACUUCUUGUACAACUAUCUUAGCAAGUCUCAGCAGGAAAGAUUUCUUGAGGUAAUUGCCAAUGCCUCAGGAUAUAUGUAUGAAGCAUCGUAUAGACGAGGAUGGGGUUUCCAGUAUCUACACAACCAUCAGCCUACCAACUGUGUGGCCUUAUUGGCAGGAAGUCUUAUUUUAAUGAAUCAAGGUUAUCUCCAGGAAGCAUACCUGUGGACUAAGCAAGUCCUAGCAAUCAUGGAGAAGUCUAUAGUUCUGCUGCAAGAAGUGACAGAUGGAUCUCUGUAUGAAGGAGUAGCUUAUGGCAGUUAUACCACCAGAUCACUUUUCCAGUAUAUCUUCCUUGUCCAAAGGCACUUUGACAUUAACCACUUUAACCAUCCCUGGCUUAAACAACAUUUUGCUUUUAUGUAUAGGACAGUUCUGCCAGGAUUCCAAAGGACAGUUGCUAUUGCAGAUUCCAACUACAACUGGUUUUAUGGACCAGAGAGCCAGCUGGUAUUUCUAGACAAGUUUAUUAUGCGCAAUGGCAGUGGAAAUUGGUUGGCUGAUCAGAUCAGAAGGAACAGAGUUCUUGAAGGCCCAGGAACCCCAUCGAAAGGGCAGCGAUGGUGCACUCUGCAUACUGAAUUUAUCUGGUAUGAUGCCAGCCUGGGUUUUGUACCUCCACCAGACUACGGUAUUCCAAAACUGCAUUAUUUUGAGGACUGGGGAGUUGUAACAUAUGGAAGUGCAUUGCCAGCUGAAAUCAACAGACCCUUCCUCUCCUUCAAAUCAGGAAAGCUUGGAGGCCGUGCAAUAUAUGAUAUUGUUCACAGGAACAAAUACAAAGACUGGAUCAAAGGCUGGCGGAACUUCAAUGCUGGCCAUGAACACCCAGAUCAGAACUCCUUUACUUUUGCACCUAAUGGUGUACCCUUUAUAACAGAAGCUCUGUAUGGCCCAAAGUACACAUUUUUAAACAAUGUUCUGAUGUUUUCUCCAGCUGUAUCAAAGAGCUGCUUCUACCCAUGGGAAGGUCAAGUUACAGAAGACUGCUCAUCAAAGUGGUUGAAGUACAAACACGACUUGGCUGCAGACUGUCAGGGGAGAGUGGUUGCUGCUAUGGAAAGAAGUGGGAUCAUCUUUAUCAGGGGUGAAGGGGUGGGUGCCUACAACCCCAAACUAAAAUUGAAAAGCCUCCAAAGAAACCUUUUCCUAAUACACCCUCAGCUGCUUUUGUUAGUAGACCAAAUACAUCUCGCUGAUGAUAGCCCUCUGGAAAUGGCAACCAGCUUUUUCCACAAUGUGGAUGUGCCUUUUGAAGAAACUGUGAUUGAUGAUGUCCAUGGGGCCUUUAUUAGGCAACAAGAUGGGCUAUACAAGAUGUAUUGGAUGGAUGACACGGGCUAUAGUGAAAAAGCUGUUGUCACCUCAAGAAUGUAUCCCAGAGGGUAUCCUUACAAUGGAACUAAUUACGUGAAUGUCACAACUCACCUACGUAAACCCGUCACUAGCGCUGUGUACCUCUUCAUUGGACCUUCCGUUGAUGUCCAGAGCUUCAGUGUUCAUGGAGAUGCUCAGCAGUUGAAUGUUUUCAUUACCACUGGUGAGCAUGCCUACGCUAUCUAUUUGUGGACUGGAGAGGAUAGAAGCCACUCUGUCUUUGCACAAGUUAUUGCAGAUCGCCAGAAGGUUCUGUUUGACAGAGCUGCUUCCAUUAGAAGUUCCCUGGUAUCAGAAGUAAGAGACUAUGCUGCAGUCGUUGAGCAGAGCCUUCAGCAUUUCAAGCCAGUCUUCCAGCAGCUGGAGAAACAGAUUUUGUCCCGAGUGCGGAAUACAGACAGUUUCAGAAAGACCGCCGAGCGCCUGCUGAGGUUUUCAGAUAAGAGACAGACAGAGGAGGCCAUUGACAGGAUAUUUGCAAUUUCUCAACAACAGCAACAGCAAGGCAGAGCAAAGAAGAAUAAAAAAGUGGCCAAAGGCUAUAAGUUUAUUGAUACUGGCCCAGACAUUUUUGCACAGAUUGAAGUCAAUGAAAGGAAAGUUCGGCAGAAGGCACAGACUUUGGCUCAGAAAGAACUACAUGUAGAUGAAGAUGAGGAAAUGAAAGAUCUUCUGGAUUUUGAAGACGAUAUAUAUGGGAAACACAAAAACAGUGUGUCCAUCAAAGGCCGAUCAGGUCUUUCACACAUGUUGGCAACUGCUCGAAGUAGUGCUCCUUCAGUGUCAGCAUCUUAUACCCGCCUUUUUCUCAUUCUGAACAUUGUGAUUUUCUUUAUCAUGCUAGCAAUGCAAGUCACUUGGUUCCACAGAACCAAGAGCCUCCAUGGCCAAAGAUGUCUAUAUGCAAUCUUGCUAGCUGACAGCUGCAUAUUACUGUGGUUGUAUUCUUCUUGUUCCCAGUCACAGUGCUAGCAAAAGAAAAAAAUGGGCCAUAGCUGUUUACUUGACCAUUCUGUGGUUAGAUUAUAUAUAGCAAAGCAUUAGCCCUAAUAGGGCUAGAGAAUGUUUUAUUUCUCUUCUGACACAUUCCAAGAAACAGAUUAACUUUUUGCAGUCAGAGGGCAUAAGAUUUAAUGGGCAUUGAAGCAUUGGGCACAUUUCUCAGAGUACCACCUAGGGUCAAGUGGAUUUGUCCUAUCAAUGAAUGUCAUGUGUCCUUGUUCUAAAGUCCCACUUGUGGCAUUGCAUUUUCUUCCUCAGAAGCAAAAUCCUGUUCUGCUGAGUUGUUUCAUGAAAUGUGUGUGCGUGCGUGUGUUUCAAAUUCAACUGGGAUGAAUUUAAUCUGAUCCUAACUGGCGAUUGCCCUGUGCCACAAAGAUUGGAAUGGAUGUUUAUAUUGAGAGCAAUGUUCCAUUGUCCUCCAGAUUCCUUUUGUAUGCCACUGAUUUUCUGUCUUAAAACAUUAGCACUAUGGCUAACAGUGGUUCUUCCUUCUCUCAGUCAGGUUCCAAAAGAAAGUACUCCCUGCCUUGCAGCCACCCUACCACUCCAUUCAAUGUGAUGUGAAACCCUUCUCCCUUCCAAUGUGACUUAGUAAGCCUAACUUAAAUAGAGGUGGUGAGCUGACUUAUGGCUCUUUGACCAUUAAAAGCUUGGGUGUGCAUACCUUUUAUAUCAGGGGUGGGAAUAUGUGUUCCUCCAGAUGCUGGUGGACUGCAAGUCCCAGCAGCCUCAGCCAACAUGAGGACUGCUGAGAGUUGCAUUCCAAAACCAGUUGGAGGGCUGCCUGAUUUCCAGUUGUUUUCAAAAUGAUAGACUACGAUGCCAGGAGUUGCCUUACCUAGAGUCCCUUUCCCCUUUUAUGCUGUGGGGAGGAGAAAGAGAAAUAAGGUUUAAUGCAUGUUGGCUAAUGCCACACAGAAAUAAAAAUUCUCCAAUUUAACUAUUAAGGCUUCUGCAUUCCACAUUGCAAGUUAAUAGAAUCAGCCACCACCAGUCUUAAUAACAUAAAGAAAACCUUUUAAGACCCUAAGGUGCUUUCAAUACAGACUGUUUUCAUAGGCCUGUUUCGGUUUAUGUAGAAAUGCUGAGUGACAAAUCGACUCUUAAAUUCUGAGACUGCCAUCUAAGCAAUGGAAGAAGAAAAGAAAAUAGCUGAUAGCUCCAUCCUAUCAGAACAAAAGUGAGAAAGAUAGGACAUGGUCAUGACUGGAGGAUAUGGAUAUGGUUGUAUCAGUAGGUGGGUAUCGGUACUGGGAGUGUAGGUGAAACUGGGAAUGGGUUGUGAACUACAUGUCGGUUAAAUGGGUGAUGUCUGGCUCGACAUCAGUCUAUAGUGAAAAAGAUCUUGGAGUUUUUGUGGACAAAAAGUUGAACAUGUGCCAACAGUGUGAUCUUGCAGCUAAAAAAGCCAAUGGGGUUUUGGGCUGCACCAAAAGGAGUAUAGUGUCUAGAUCAAGGAAAGUCACGGUGCCUUUGUAUUCUGCUUUGGCUAGACCUCACCUGGAACACUAUGUCCAGUUCUGGGCACCACAGUUUAAAAGAGAUAUUGACAUGCUGGAAAGUGUCCAGAGAAGGGUGAGUAAAACAAUCAAAGGUUUGGAGACCAUGCCCUAUGAGGAAUGCCGUAAAGAACCAGGCAUGUUUAGCCUGCAAGAGAAGGUGGAGAGGAGACAUGAUAGCCAUGUAUAAAUAUGUGAGGAAGGAAGAGGGAGCAAGCUUGUUUUCUGCUGCCCUUAAAACUAGGGGCCCUUCCACACAGCCAUAUAACCCAGAAUAUCAAGGCAGAUAAUUCACAAUAUCUGCUUUGAACUGGGUUAUCUGAGUCCACACUGCCAUAUAAUCCAGUUCAAUGUGGAUUUUAUACAGCUGUGUGGAAGGGCCCUGAGACUCAGAGUAAUGGGUUCAAAUUACAGGAAAGGAGAUUCCACCUGAACAUUAGGAAGAACUUCCUGUCCGUAUGAGCUGUUCAACAGUGGAACCCUCUACUGGGAAGCCCCUUCCUUGGAAGCUUUUUAAACAGAGGCUGGAUGGCCAUCUGUCAGGGAUACUUUGGUUGUGCUUUUCCAGGACUAGAUGGCCCAUGUGGUCUCUUCCAACUCUUAUGAUUCUAUAAAUGAUUUAUGCCUUUUCCAUAGGAGACCAAUUGGCAAUAGCUGGAAGGUGAUGUAUUUGAUCCUGCCAUGUAAAAAUUACCAACCCCAGAUACCUAGAGUUCUUUGAAACAAGAAUAGCAUUGCUUCUACAAUAAACAAAUGUGACAUUCCUGAAUGCAACAAUCAUGGGGCUGAUUUUUAAAUCUUCUGCAUUUGAAAAUGAGGAUAAGCUGAAGAACUGCUUUAUUAUUGUAUGGCUUGCAGGAGAUAAACCUUUUUUUCCAAAUAGACCUUUGCUAAAUAAACAGAUUACAAACAUCUCA